CCCUCCCUCACCUUCUCUACUCACACUUGACAACUAUCCAGCAAGAAAGCAGCAUUUCCAUUUUUCACGCAGAAUUAAGUUAGUACGUACCAUGGCUUCCAUGAUCAAGGCAUUGUGCGUUGCGCUUGUUGGCGCCGUGUUGGUGAUAGCAGUUGUGCCCCCGGCUGAGGCCGCAUUAGGCUGCGGCAGCGUGAUAUCUUAUCUGGGUUCAUGCCGCCCCUAUGUGACCGACAAAGGUCCUUUAGGUGGUUGCUGCAGUGGGGUGAAGGGACUCUAUAAGGCUGCAAAAACCACCGCGGAUCGUCAGGCCACUUGCAGCUGCCUCAAAACUCUUGCCAGUACCUACAAAGGUGUCAAUCUUAGCAAGGCAGCCGGACUUCCUCAGCAAUGUGGUGUUAACAUUCCCUAUAAAAUCAGCCCUUCCACCGAUUGCUCAAAGGUGACGUGAAUUUAAUGGAGGAAAAUUGAAGGCUUGUGCAUGUAUGAUGAUGCAGCAGCAGCAACCUUUAUGUAUGUGUUUUGGUAUAAUAAUAAUAAUAAUGUAUGAGUAAAUAAAAAAGAGUUUUGGGAGGGUGGGGGGUACGUAGCUUUGCUCAGCAAAUCUAUUAGUUUUCCUUCCCGCUCUCUCACUUCUCCACUCACUUAAAUCCCUCUGUGUCUCUCUAUUUGUAAUCAAUUAUCCAAUGAGUUUCCAGUUUCCUUUUAUUGGUUAAUAUCAGCAGAUUUUUGCUA